CCGUGCGCGGCGCAGUUCGUCCACCCGCGGAGCGCGAAGUUGCGAUGGCGAAACCGCGACUUUUAACGCACUGUUGAAAAGUCACGAAACUUUCACUAUGACCGCUUGAACUCCGCCAAAAUGAACGACACGUUAAACGAGACUUACACGAACGUAACUUUACGGCCUGGACCGAAUGUGACUUACUGUGAUCUGAAGGACGUGCGGAAGGCCUUCGCCGUGUACUACCCCUAUCUGAGCCUGGUGAUAUGCAUCUUCGGCUCGGUGACCAAUGUGCUGAAUAUUUGCGUGCUCACCAGCAAGCAGAUGCGGUGUCCCACGAACCUCAUCCUCACGGCGCUGGCCUUCGCCAAUCUCCUGGUGAUGGUGGAGUACAUCCCGUUUGUGUUUUUGUACAACGAGAACAAGGCCUUUGCGUCCCAUUUCACGUACAGUUUGGCCGUCUUCAUCAGCUUUCAUGCCGUCUUCACGCAGGCUUUUCACUUCAUCUCGUGCUGCUUGACGGUUAUCCUCGCCAUCUGGCAGUAUAUCGCUGUCAAGUUCCCCCAGAAUAACAACAAGUGGUGCAGCAACAACCGCACCAAGAUCACCAUCCUGCUGACCUACGUGUUGUGCUCCAUCGUGUGCGUCCCGCUGAACUUGUCCCUGACCAUCAGCGGCAAGGCCGUCAAUGUGGACGACAAUGGCAAGCUCAGCAAGAACAAGUCGAUGCCCAACGUUACCAUCUACGUCACCAGGUACGUGGACGACAACUACCAGCACGUGAGCUCCUACGUCUACGCCAUCGCCAUCAAGCUCAUCCCCAGCGUGCUGCUCACCGUGCUCACCACCCUGCUCAUCAUCGAGCUGCUCCACGCCAAGGAGCGCCGCAAGAACCUGAUGAACCCCAAGAAGGACGAGAACGCGAAGAUGCGCAAGCCGAGCCAGAGGUUCCUGGACAAGGAGAAGCAGACUGAUCGCACCACGAGGAUGCUGGUGGCGGUGCUGCUGCUCUUCCUCAUGGUGGAGUUUCCUCAAGCCAUUUUUGGAAUGUUCAAUGUCAUUAUCGGGCAAACUUUCGAACUGCAGUGUUACCAGCCGUUGGGUGAUAUCGUCGACGUUCUAACCCUGACGAACUUUUCGAUCAAUUUCAUCCUCUAUUGCAUCAUGUCAAAGAAGUUCCGAAUGGUUUUCAAGGAGUCGUUUUUUCCAUACCUGCCGUGUUCCAACAUUUCUAAGGAGAACUGGAUAUCGCUGAAUACUAUUCAGACUUAUGUAUAGACUGUAAAUAAAUAAAUUAAGUUAAGGACUGUGUUAAUUAUUGUAAAUUUACAUUAGAUAUAACAGGGUAUUUAGUUUUACGUAUUUAUUUAAUAAACUGAUAAAGGAUCUCA